CAUUUUGACGUAACGCACACAAGCUAACAGCUGACGCACGCUACAAGUGGAUCACAAAACUGACAACUCACCUUGCCAGACCAGUUUUAAAGAUAACUCUUCACGGUGGUCGACAAGAUGCCCAAGUAUUGUUCUGCACCGAACUGCAAGAAUGAUUCUGGAAAUAACAAUUCUGAUAGGAAAAGCUUCUACAAGUUUCCACUGCAGGAUCCAGCUCGGUUAGAGCAGUGGUUGAAAAACAUGGGUCGUGAGGACUGGAGCCCUUCCAGACACCAGUACAUCUGUCAUGAACAUUUUGCAUCUUCCAGCUUCAAGCUGCGUUGGGGGAUUCGUUACCUGGAGAAUAACGCUGUGCCCACUGUCUUCCAGCUCGCUGAGAAACGUAAAGGUGAGGAACACAGUGAGAGUCAGAAAUCCAAAAGGAUGCGACACGGCAGGAAGCAACGGACCACCUCUUUUGACGUUGGGAUGCCAGCUAGCGACUCCACAGACAGUGACAACACAGUGACACUCUACGAGGUCACUGUUAACCCCUCAGCGACUGAAGAGGCAGAGCUGCUGGAGGAGCGGGACGUGACUGGUCACACAGUGGGCCUUCUACACACAGCACCUCUGUCACUAUUAGAGGGGAGGAGCCAUGACGGGGCUGCAGGAGACUUCCCUGUUACUGUGUUCCAGACAGUAGAGGAUCUGGGUGGGCUGGAAGAGGUGGUGAGUGGGGUCACAGCAGCCAUCUUGACUGAGGGUCAUGACCUCGGAACGACGGAAGAUGUCGGCAAUUUCGUGUUGUCCCCGACAUCUCUGGUCAUGGAGAACGUCUCUCUCGAGACGGAGGAGGAGCUGUCUGUCUCCCAGGACGACCACGGUGGUGGGGCUCAGAUCAUCGCCUACUUUGAGACGAUCCCCAACAUUCUGUCCAGCGGGGCUGCUCAGUUCAGCAUCCCCUCAGACACUGUGUUGUCCUCUGCUCUCAGCCCCACACCCAUCGUCUCCACACUGCCAAUAGUGUCCAAGCACAUGCCCCCCUCUCCUGCAUCACUUAUCCUCACGCUGGAGAGACUGGCGACGGAGGAAGGGCAGACUCCAGAGGACCAUAUGGAACAUCGGGGAAGCCAACUGGAGGAACAUCGCUACAAUAAGAACAGCCUGAGUAAGGAGCAGCUGGAAGCCAUUGUGACAGAGCUUCAGAAGAAGGUAAAGGUAUUGCAGCAGCGACACAGGAGACACCUGGAUAAACUGGUGGGUCUGGAAAACACCGUCAACCAGCUGAGACAGAACAACUUGCUGAAUGAAGAGAGGGUUCAUCUGCUGGAAAGGGUGUGUAUCCAGACCAGUGCUGCUGUAUCGGAGGCAGGAGAGACAGUGGCCAUCAUCUAUGAACAGGACAACACAGCGUACCUCUAUGACGGAUCGGGUUAAACAGCGUACCUCUAUGACGGAUCGGGUUAAACAGCGUACCUCUAUGACGGAUUGGGUUAAACAGCGUGCCUUGUAUAAAGACAGAGAAAGAAGGUUAGGGUCCAGAACAGAGACCAGAUGGGGUCAGGUACCAGAACAUAUAGACACGGGACGGGGUCAGGUACCAGAACAUAUACGGGACGGGGUCAGGUACCAGAACAGACAGACACGGGACGGGGUCAGGUACCAGAACAUACAGACACGGGACGGGGUCAGGUACCAGAACAGACAGACACGGGACGGGGUCAGGUACCAGAACAGACAGACACGGGACGGGGUCAGGUACCAGAACAUACACGGGACGGGGUCAGGUACCAGAACAGACAGACACGGGUCGGGGUCAGGUACCAGAACAGACAGACAGACACGGGACGGGGUCAGAUACCAGAACAGACACGGGACGGGGUCAGGUACCAGAACAUACAGACACGGGACGGGGUCAGGUACCAGAACAUACAGACACGGGACGGGGUCAGGUACCAGAACAUACAGACACGGGACGGGGUCAGGUACCAGAACAUACAGACACGGGACGGGGUCAGGUACCAGAACAUACAGACACGGGACGGGGUCAGGUACCAGAACAUACAGAUGGGAUAGGUAGUUGUUACCUUGCUCAAGUGAUGAGGAAUCUAGUUGAUAUGGACCCUGUACUUUAUGUGAUGUGAAAAUCAAACUUUAUUGUGUAUUCUUGGAAUAUCAGAAGAUGGAGACUGAUCUGUUUGGAUGAACUAGUGUCUGUUUUAUUAUUUAUUAGUGUCUUAGCUCUUAUUCUAAACUGGGUGUUUCCAGCCCUGAAUGCUGAAAGCUGUGGUAUCAGACUGUAUACCACGGCUAUGGGCUGUGUCCAGGCACUCUGUGUUGCCGGAUAAGAACAGCCCUUAGCCGUGGUAUAUUGGCCAUAUACCGUACCCCCUCAGGCCUUCAGCCUUAACUCUUAUUAUGAACUGUGUGGUUUGAGCCCUGAGUGCUGAUUGGCAUAACAGACCGUACACCACGGGUAUGACAAAACAUUCAUUUUCACUGCUCUAAUUAUGUUUGUAACCAGUUUAUAAUAGCAAUAAGGCACCUUGACCUUGGGGGGUUUGUGGUAUAUGACCAAUAUAUCACGGCUAAGGGCUGUGUCCAGGCACUCUGCUUUGCGUCGUGCGAAAGAACAGCCCUUAGCUGUGGUAUAUUGGUCAUAUACCACACCCCCUCGGGCCUUAUUGAUGAAUUAUUUUACUAGUGUUUGUCAGUGUCCGUUAUUAAAUUUUGGAGAGACAUUAGUCAGUCUGUAGGUGAAGUGACAUCACUGGAGUUCGUUUUGCUGGGACAGUGGGAAUGUACGAAAAAUUGUAUUCUGUUUUGUUUAAUCUUAUAAUUUUAUCUCCUGCUGUAAAUGUAAUUAUUUUCUUUCAGAAUGUUAGUUUGAUGUUGAAAAAAAUUGCUCGUCAGCUUGUUGUUUGUGUGUUGAAGUAUUGACAAUACAAUAUUGAUUUGCACUGA